GUUUGGCCCAGUAGGGAGGAGUUGUGCCACUAUGUUCUGAGGGCCCUGGUCGCCUGCUACCUGCUCCUCCUCUUCACCUCCUUCUUUGUGGUCUUACACUCUGUCCACCCUGCCGCCCACUGUGGCCCCUACCACACCCACACACAGGGGCCUCUGCACCCCCUUGGGCCCCUGCCUAGCCCGGGCCCCAGCGACAUGCAGUGUAAGUUUGCCCAGAGUAAGGGAGAGGGCACAAACUUAAACAAUUUCCCCCCCAAUUCCUACUACCCUCUGUGCCCCACUUUCCCUGAACUUCCCUCCAUAUCCUGUUGACCACUAUCAGAUAUGCAUCAUUUUAAGUCCACAUUUGUUUAGGAUAUGACUUUUAGGAUCAUUUGGUGCACGUCGUGAGUGAAAAUACAUGCAAAUAAUUCCCUCAUUGUACCUGGCACUCGAUACCAAAGACUAAACACAACCUAGGCACACAACCUGUUACUGUUUGUCAUAGAAUCCUGUGAAAGAAGGGUCCAAAAAAGUACCCCUUAUUUUACUGAGGUUACACUAUGUAGGUUGGCCCAUUGUUACACUCUGCUUCAGCGGCGCAAAGCAGCGCUGGUCUCCCAUGCAGGCAUCCAGUAUGUGUGUACUGUGCUGCCCUCUGGUGGUCAUGGUCUGCCAUUGGAGUAGUCAGUCUAACCAGGGGUUGCCAGAGGAUCAGUACUGAGCUCAUCAUCACUGUCUUCUUAUAACAGUCUUUGGAAAUGUAUACAGUAAUGCAUUUACAAUGUAUGACACCUAGGCUGGGCAUAGAAAGAAAGUAUUACUGCAGUGUUGAUGCGUACGUAGAGAGUGAGACUGUCGUCAGCUCCAGGGUUGACAGUGAACAGUCUAAAGGAGUGUGAGAGUACACUUUAAGGAUUAGUGUUGAUAGGGUCUUUUUCUUUGCAUAGACUGAAGACUUCCAGGAAAGGGAUGGUUUCAUUGACCAUUAGUCUCUACAUUGACCGGGCAUUUAAUAAGUGGAUUGCAUUUGGUGCAGAAAUGAAUUAGACAUCCCUUCUGUAGAAUCAGAGUGAUCUGGCCUAUUCAAACUGUCUCUCUUCCCCAGCUGUAGACCGUGUGUGUGUCCUCAGAUGAUGAACCUUUCAGUCUCAUCAGGCUUAGACAGAGGCAGAUGGUCAAACAAAGAGCCUCUAGACAGAGGAAAAAGCUCCACGCUCUGUUUCUCUCUUGUCAAAACCAAGGAUCAGUUUCUCAUCUUAUUGCUGCUUUAUCCAUCAGGAUCAAAACUGAUGUGUGAGCACCUCGAUAUACAGUACCCUCAUAGCAAGCAACAUAUUAAAGAGUACUAAUGUUCCCUAAAAGAAGAUAAUUUUGUUUGCAGAGUCCCAUUUCUGAUUUAGACAAUAACUGACAGGCAAAAACAGCUUUGUUUUCCCUCUGUGUGCAAUUGAGUGUUGUCAGGGGGACAUUCCAGCUGUAUUUCUGUAUUUUGAAAGUUAUAUAUCUUGAAAACGUGAUUGCUGACAUGCAAAACAUUUUUGCGACUGUGUCAACAAUGGACUAAUGAAACAAAUACCAAAAGAUAGUUUUGGGGUGGAAUUUUCCUUUAGGUUUUCCAGUUAUGGAGGAGUUUUAUUUCAUCUUAGCAAACAGACUGCUAGAGGACAAGGUCUGUCAGUGAUGUGUCAGCGGGUUUGUACGUGUUGGACUGCGCAACAGCAAAUGUCAGAACUUGAGUACACUGACCCUUUUUUUUGUUGUUGCUGUAUCAGACUAACUGCCAGACUAGUAGCCAGUCACUGAUGGCUAAUGUAAGACCCAACUGGAGUGUUGUAGAGCCUACAUUGGAGUCUCUUCCUCACAUUGGUGAACAACGUUCUGAGAAGUACACAGAACUGAGGAGAACUGUUACUUCUUUGCAUCAUUUGUGUUCUGUCAGUCACGUCGAUUGGAAGUGUCAGAGGGGACAAAAGUGUCGAUGGUAAAGAGUUUUUAAGAAAUAGCAUUGAUCUUUUUCUCAUUUCUGGGACUUUAAUCUAUGUUUAAGUGCAUGUUUUUUAUGCAUCAGUCACACUAAAAAACGGGUACUAACAGUCAAUUCACUACCAUUCCAUUGGACAUCUACCUCAAAUAACAGAUUUGCUAAACCACAAAACCUUUUUUUCUCUAUAUCCAUUACCUCUUAGCUUGCCUACUUACCUUGUGAGGUAAUGAAAUCAUGUUGUCUGUGUUUUCAUGGUGAAACACACGGACUCUCCCGUGUGUGUGUGUGUGUGUGUGUUGUGUGUGUGGAAGUGGUGAACCUUGGCCCCUGAACCUAUUGUCUGUGUUGUGGGUCAUAUUGUUACCACUACUUCAAAUCAAAUUGUACUGGUCACACACUGUAUUUAGCAGAUGUUAUUGCGGAUGUAGUGAAAUGCUUGUGUUCCUAGCUCCAGCAGUGCAGUAGUAUCUAACAAUUCACAAAAGUACACACAGAUCUAAAAGUAAAAUAGUGGAAUUAAGAAAUAUACAAAUAUUAGUGUGUGUGUGUGUGUGUGUGUGUGUGUGUGUGUGUGUGUGUGUAUAUAUGAGGGGGAAAAACAUAUGAUCCCCUGCUGAUUUUGUACGUUUGCCCACUGACAAAGAAAUGAUCAGUCUAUAAUUUUAAUGGUAGGUUUAUUUGAACAGUGAAAGACAGAAUAACAACAAAAAAAUCCAGAAAAACACAAGGCAAAAAUGUUAUAAAUUGAUUUGCAUUUUAAUGAGGGAAAUAAGUAUUUGACCUCCUCUCAAUCAGAAAGAUUUCUGGCUCCCCAGGUGUCUUUUAUACAGGUAACGAGCUGAGAUUAGUAGCACACUCUUAAAGGGAGUGCUCCUAAUCUCAGUUUGUUACCUGUAUAAAAGACACCUGUCCACAGAAGCAAUCAAUCGAUCAGAUUCCAAACUCUCCACCAUGGCCAAGACCAAAGAGCUCUCCAAGGAUGUCAGGGACAAGAUUGUAGACCUACACAAGGCUGGAAUGGGCUACAAGACCAUCGCCAAGCAGCUUGGUGAGAAGGUGAUAACAGUUGGUGCGAUUAUUCGCAAAUGGAAGAAACACAAAAGACCUGUCAAUCUCCCUCAGCCUGGGGCUCCAUGCAAGAUCUCACCUCGUGGAGUUGCAAUGAUCAUGAGAACGGUGAGGAAUCAGCCCAGAACUACACAGGAGGAUCUUGUCAAUGAUCUCAAGGCAGCUGGGACCAUAGUCACCAAGAAAACAAUUGGUAACACACUAUGCCGUGAAGGACUGAAAUCCUGCAGCGCCCGCAAGGUCCCCCUGCUCAAGAAAGCACAUAUACAGGCCCGUCUGAAGUUUGCCAAUGAACAUCUUAAUGAUUCAGAGGAGAACUGGGUGAAAGUGUUGUGGUCAGAUGAGACCAAAAUCGAGCUCUUUGGCAUCAACUCAACUCGCCGUGUUUGGAGGAGGAGGAAUGCUGCCUAUGACCCCAAGAACACCAUCCCCACCGUCAAACAUGGAGGUGGAAACAUUAUGCUUUGGGGGUAUUUUUCUGCUAAGGGGACAGGACAACUUCACCGCAUCAAAGGGACGAUGGACGGCACAAUGUACUGUCAAAUCUUGGGUGAGAACCUCCUUCCCUCAGCCAGGGCAUUGAAAAUGGGUUGUGGAUAUAUAUGGGUAUAUGGGUAUUCCAGCAUGACAAUGACCCAAAACACACAGCCAAGGCAACAAAGGAGUGGCUCAAGAAGAAGCACAUUCAGGUCCUGGAGUGGCCUAGCUAGUCUCCAGACCUUAAUCCCAUCGAAAAUCUGUGGAGGGAGCUGAAGGUUCGAGUUGCCAAACGUCAGGCUUGAAACCUUAAUGACGGAGAAGAUCUGCAAAGAGGAGUGGGACAAAAUCCCUCCUGAGAUGUGUGCAAACCUGGUGGCCAACUACAAGAAAUGUCUGACCUCUGUGAUUGCCAACAAGGGUUUUGCCACCAAGUACAAAGACAUGUUUUGCAGAGGGGUCAAAUAUUUAUUUCCCACAUUAAAAUGCAAAUCAAUUUAUAACAUUUUUGACAUGCGUUUUUCUGCAUUUUUGUUUUGUUAUUCUGUCUCUCACUGUUCAAAUAAACCUACCAUUAAAAUUAUAGACUGAUCAUGUCUUUGUCAGUGGGCAAACAUACAAAAUCAGCAGGGGAUCAAAUACUUUUUUCCCUCACUGUAUGUGUGUAUAUAUAUGUAUGUGUGUGAUGGGAUGUAUAGACAUUAUGGACAGUAUGUGGAUAGAAUAUUUAGUAUUUCUGUAGGAUAAAGUAGUAUAUAUACAGCAAUAGUUGAAUAGGAUGGUAUUGACUAGAAUACAGUAUAUACAUAUGAAAUGAGUAAAACAGUAUGUAAACAUUAUUAAAGUGACCAGUGUUCCAUGUCUAUGUAAAUAGGGCAGCAGCCUUUAAGGUGCAGGGUUGAGUAACCGGAUGGUAGCCGGCUAGUGACAGUGACAAAGUUCACUGGGUAGAGGCCGGCUAGUGAUGGCUAUUUAACAGUCUGAUGGCCUUGAGAUAGAAGCUGUUUUUCAGUCUCUCGGUCCCAGCUUUGAUGCACCUGUACUACCUCGCCUUCUGGAUGAUAGCGGGGUGAACAGGCCGUGGCUCGGGUUGUUGAUGUCCUUGAUUAUCAUUUUGGCCUUCCUGUGACAUCGGGUGCUGUAGGUGUCCUGGAGGGCAGGCAGUGUGCCACUGGUGAUGCGUUGGGCAGACUGCACCACCCUCUGGAGAGCCCUGCUGUUGCAGGUGGUGCAGUUGCCGUACCAGGCGGUGAUAAAGCCCAACAGGAUGCUCUCAAUGGUGCAUCUUGGGUUAAUGUAAAUCCCUCAACUGCUCUAAAGAGAUUCAUUCACUCCCUUGAUUACUUAAAUACAUCAGAGGUGUCUUUACUCUAAUCACAUAUGGUUGUGGGACAGUUCACUGUUAGGUUUGUGGCAACCUGUGAAAAUGUAUUUUUUCUCUCUCGCUCCCCCUCUCAGCUCGUAAGCAGGAGAUCAUCAAAGUGACUGAGCAGCUGAUUGAGGCCAUCAACAAUGGAGACUUUGAAGCCUACACGUUAGUGAUCUUGGAUUUUAUCUACAGUGAUCUACAACAGCAAUCUCAUACAGAGGCCCUACAAUCUAGAUAUUUAUCCAUAACACUGCACCAUUUGAAAACAUGAAAACUGAAUUGUUUGUGUUCCACUUCUUCUGUCUCACAGGAAGAUCUGUGAUCCCGGCCUUACAUCCUUUGAGCCAGAGGCUUUGGGAAACCUAGUGGAGGGAACCGACUUCCACAGGUUCUACUUUGAGAACGGUAGAGCGCCUGCAUUCCAUUAUGCGCUUGUAGCAGUAAAGAUCGACACAACCAUAUGAAAACCAAUGGCUGUAGAAGCAUUAAUUACCAUGAUUGUGUACUGAUUUGAUCAAUUUCCCUCCAAUCCACUUCUCUCCUCCAGCUCUGUCUAGGAGCAAGCAAGGGCCCGUCCACACCAUCCUGCUCAACCCCCACGUGCACCUGAUUGGCGACGAUGCGGCAUGCAUCGCUUACAUCCGCCUCACCCAGUACAUGGACGCCAGCGGCAUGCCACGCACCAUGCAGUCGGAGGAGACCCGCAUCUGGCACCGCCGAGACGCCAAGUGGCAGAACAUUCACUUCCACCGCUCCGGCUCGCCCACUGUGCCAGCCAAAUAA